AUGGACCGCUCCUUCAGCGUGGAUGACCUGGUGGGCGGGAUCUGGAGGCUGGGCCAGGCCGGCGUGGGCCGCUCGGACUCCGAGGCCGCGUUCCAGGAGCUGCUGAAGGGCUUCCCGUCGACCAACAACCUGGCGGCACAGGCCAGCGGCGGGGUGGAUUGCGGCCAGGACGGCGCGGUCGAGGAGGGCCAGAACGGCGAACGGGAGGCCGGCGAGAAGGCGGCGUCGAUAUCGGGGUUCGGCGCGGCGGGGCUGCCAGGCGGCAUGUCCACCGGCUUUCCCACCACCUCCAUUCCCCAGGUCGACCUGUCGUCCCUCCCACACGUCCUCCAGGCCAACGGCCUCCAGGCAGCCCUGUCUGCUGUGCCUGGCCUCCAAGGGGCCGCGCACCCCCUGGUGGCGGCCGCUGCUGGACUGUCUCCUGCGGCAGCAGCAGCCGCUGCGGCCUUGCAGCUCUCCCAGCUGAGCAACGCGGCUGUCGUGGCACAAGCUCCCCCAGCUGGCAUGGACAGGGAGUCGCUGGAGAAGGCUGAACAGAGGAGAGCAAGGAGAAUGUUGUCGAACCGCGAGUCAGCCAGAAGGUCUCGUCGACGGAAACAGGAUCAUCUUAUGACUAUGGAGGACCAGAUAAAUAUCCUCCUUGAAGACAAACGGAAAUGGAUGGAAACAAAGGAAUCUCUUGAGCGGCGUUGUGAGCUGGCUGAGGAGGAGAGCAGGAAACUGAGGGAGGAGAACCAGAGAUUGAGAGAUGAGCUCAGAAUACUCGAUCUGGUGGUGAGCUGGGCGCACCCAAUGGGCAUGAAUAUCUCUGGAAAUAUUGUUGUCAUUAAACACUGUCAGAAUUUGCGCAGGGCCAUCACCAGAGUGUUGUUUUGUAUUGGGGAUGAUCUGGUGUCUCUCUCCAGUCUUGUGGCAUGA